UUGAAUUAACUAAAAAAAACCUGAAAACUAAAAAUUAUUUAGUCGAUAACUUGUACAGGUAUUUACUUUCGUUUUUUAUUAAAACCAACCCGAGAUGGAGUUAUUAGCGGUGCAAUCAAAUCGCAACGGUCGCUCCGACAUCGCGCCGGUCUGCUCAUUGGACACACCCCCGACACGUGAGUGUGACUUGCGUUUUUUUAUUCCUUAAGAAAUAGUGAAGUGCAAUGCAAAAGUCCAGGAAAUCACAUUUCACGGACGCCGACUGUCAUACUCUCAUCGAUUUAGUGACAAAUUAUAAAAAUAUGGUUCAACCCACGGGAGUAUCGUUCAAUGAAAGGAUUCAAGCCUGGAAUGAAAUUACUCGGCUUUAUAAUGAACGUGUUAGGGUGCCGAGAACUACGAAACAACUGAAAUGCAAAUUGUACUGUUUGAAGAAGGACGUCUCUAUAUAUGAAGUAACGAAGAAGUUUGGCCAUCGUAAUCCGAUGAAACCUUCAACUCUGGUGUUGAUUGACAAAAUAAAGCGUAUUAACUCCGUACUGAAGGAAGAUUCUGACGGUAAUACAAAAGAAAAAAUAAUGAGGAACAUUCCUUUCAACUUCAAUAACAAGUCCAACGUUUGUUUCGUAAAAGGAGAACCAAUAGAGGACAAUUUUGAGAUUGUUGCGGAUGACAAUGUUCCGGAAACCGUAGAAAUAAACAAUGAAACUGACAAUAAUGUAUCAACUUCCAACGAUCCUUUUACGGAAUCGUUUGAAAUAUUGCCACCUCAAGGCACUUACGAUUGGUCUGAGGUACACAGGCAUAACGUGUUUAAAGAAGAAAUGAUGAAGAGGGAAGAGGCCCUGCAUUCUAAAAAAUUCGAAAUGGAAAAAAUUUUGAAUGAAGAAAAAAUUAAAAAUUUGAGGUUACAGAAUGAUAAGCUGUUAUUGGAAAUAACUCUAUUAAAAAAGAAAUUGUGUACACACUCCUAAAGUACAAAUAAGUUCUAUAUACAAAUCGAUGGCAGUUUAUUUUAAAAUAACUUAUUUAAAAAAUCAUUUUCUAAAAUAUUUGCCAACUGUCUAUGACAGUGAUUUGUAAAUUAAUUUAGAAUUAGAAUCCUAGGUUUAUU